UUAGGAUGUUUUUAUCAAGGUGAUCUCUAUCAGAAUGAUCAAAGAUUUAAAGCUGAUGAAUGUACAGUAUGUAAAUGUUACCAAGGAAAUGUAGAAUGUCAAGCACCAGAAUGUGCUCCUUUAACUUGUAGAAAUCCUGUUACCCCUCCAGGACAGUGCUGUCCAUCCUGUGAUAAUGGUAAGUGUAUAAAUAUAUUUACGUGA